UGGAGGACAGAAUUACAGUGGUUAUGUCAGGAGAGCGUGACGUUGAACAUGCAUUUGAAAAAAGGAGAAAACAAGAAAUAACAGUCACAGAUUGAAUUACAGCAGCUUUCUAUAAUGAAGUGUGUGGACCCCACCCAGCAUCUGUGGCAGAAGAGGGAAGGUGUCUGCUUAACUCAAAGGUUAUGAUGGGAAUGGAAAAAGCCAGGCUCCAGCUGAGAGUAGCACAGGAAGGAUGAGGAAACAGUUUCAUGUUUCUCCCAGUAAAACCUCAGGGGAUAAAGAUUACUGCUGCAAAAACUUUAAUGGUUGUAAAAGCCUCUGGCUGCAGAAGUUGUUUAUUACAAAGGUGUAUUAACCACUUAGAGACUUCAGCUGAAAAGGACUCUGCUAUUUCACAUACAUCUAAGUUGCAAACUCCUUUUUUCUCUUGCAAAAAAACUCUGUAUCAGAAAACUUAAUUUAGUGCCUAUACAUGGAAUUUGGCCGUAAGAUGUUAUAUGCUGUGUGCUGGACUUGUCCCGAUAACGCCCUGCUUUUAGGUCCUAACAGCUGAGCUCAUCACUUGGCUAUUGCAGUACACACUGGAUUCUAGCUCUGAUGGUUUGAUAGCUACACUGGAUCUUUGAUUGUGAUCUCUAAAUCGCAACACUGGAAACAAUGGCAACGGAAUGUAUAAAAUACUGCUGUAAAUGGUGUUUCUGCAUGGAAAAAGAAAAAACUUCUCCAGUUUCCAUGGUGAAGGAAUCUGAAGCAGCAGCCACAAGCAAACCAGCUAUUGUAGAGAAGCCUCCAUUGUCUUCUGUGUCAGUGAAGCGUCAAGUUGGCUGUUCAGAGGAUUAUCUGCUUUCUAAACUGCCCCUGGAUGGUCAGGAGGUACCAUUUGUGGUCCCUCCAUUCAAACUGGCCUAUGUACAACCGAAGAACCUUCCUACUAUCUCAUAUGGAGGGAUUCAAGAAUCUGCCAGAGCCUCAUUUGGUGACCGGAAAGCAGAACUGCACGGCGUGUACCAGUGGCCCCACUAUGACGUGUAUAACCCAUUCUAUUUGGAGCAGCGGGUUUCGCCAGAUCUGAUUAGGCGCUUCCAAGCAAAAUCAGAUAAUAGGAAAUUAUAUGGAUCAGUUAGUGAUUUGAGAUCCAGUGCUUUGCCUGGACCAUUUGAUGUAAGUCGUUCAAUGUUUGACCUCAGAAGCCCACCUCAUCGCUUCAUGAAGAGAUAUGAUUCCUUAUCCAGUGUACCCAGCAGUACCUCUUCCAGGAAAGAUUCACAAGGCAGUAACAGGAGUCUGGAUACUAUAACAUUAUCAGGUGAUGAACGAGACUUUGGAAGACUGAAUGUGAAGUUGUGUUAUGUUUCUUCUGUAGAACAGAUCUGGAUCACAGUUUCGCAUUGCAAAGACCUAAGCUGGCCUUCUAGCUGUGGGGAACAUCCUCGUAUCUAUGUCAAGGGAAUUCUCACACUGCCCAAACCAGUGCAUUUCAAAUCUUCUGCCAAGGAAGGGUGUAUUGAUAUGGAAUUUAUGGAAACUUUUGUAUUUGCUAUUAAACUGCAAAGCCUGCAGGCUGUCCGAUUGGUAUUUAAAAUCCAGACACAGACUCCCAGGAAAAAAACAAUUGGAGAGUGCUCCUUGACACUGCGGGAGCUCAGCUCGGAAGAAUCAAGUCAUUGGCUGGAUAUAUCUCCUCCUUCCAAGGCACCUGUAAGUGCCAAUACUGCAAAAGUGUGCUGUGCAGAACUUCAAGUAGGAACUUGUUUUCAAGCAGUAAACAGGAGGAUACAGUUACAGAUUCUGGAAGCACAAAACCUUCCAGUUCCAUCCACACCACUGUCUUCAAAUUUCUUUGUGAAAGUUGGAAUGUUUACUACAGAAGGGAUGAUCUAUAAGAAGAAGACUCGUCUUCUGAAGUCCACUAAUGGCCAAGUGAAGUGGGGAGAAAUGCUGAUUUUUCCAAUUAGCCAAGCUGAACAAGGAAUUGGCUUUCUCAUCAAGCUCUACAGCAGAAGUUCAGUGAGAAGAAAACACUUCCUAGGACAGAUCUGGAUAAGUUCUGAUAGCAGUAACAGCGAAGCAGUAAAGCAGUGGAGAGAUACUAUUGCUAACCCUGAAAAGGUUGUUGUUAAGUGGUACAGCAUUGGUCCGUCUUGAAGACUACAGAUAAAACUCAGGACUGAUUUUUCUACAAAGAUAUUCCUACACUGUUUAAAAUAGUAUAAAUAAAAAGAAAAGUAUCGUCUAUACAA